AUGGCAUACACAUACACUACUCCACGGCUCUUGGUAGUGGCUGAGCUUCUAAUACUAGUCUCUAUAACCGAAAGCAAAGUUCCAGCCAUCAUAGUUUUUGGGGACUCAACCGUGGAUGCAGGAAACAACAACGUGGUUCCAACUCUUCUCAAGAGCAAUUUCAGGCCUUAUGGACGUGAUUUUGCUGGUGGUCGCCCCACAAGACGGUUCUCUAAUGGUCGCAUUCCUCCAGACUUCAUUUCUGAGGCUUUUGGGCUCAAACCAACAGUACCCGCUUACUUAGAUCCUGCGUAUAAUAUAUCAGAUUUUGCCACUGGAGUUUGCUUUGCUUCUGCUGGGACAGGCUAUGACAAUGCAACUUCUGAUGUAUUAAAAGUGAUACCAAUGUGGAAGGAAUUGGAGUACUACAAGGCGUACAAAAACAAGUUGAGAGCCUAUGUUGGUAAAGACAAGGCAAAUGAGAUUUUGAGUGAGGCCUUAUAUUUGAUGAGCCUAGGAACAAACGACUUCCUAGAGAACUAUUACUUAUCCCCUAAACGGCAAUCUCAAUUCAUAGUCCAACAGUAUGAAGAUUUUCUCAGAGAAUUGUAUAGUCUUGGAGUUCGAAAAAUAUCACUCACUGGACUUCCACCAAUGGGGUGUUUGCCACUGGAGAGAACCAUAAAUAUUUUGGGUCAAAAUGAAUGCGUGGAGAAAUUUAACAAUGUGGUGUUGGAAUUUAAUGGGAAGUUAGAUGGUUUGGUGAAAAGGCUGAAUAAGGAGCUUCCAGGGCUCAGAUUACUAUCUAUAGAUGUAUACAAGAUUCUCAAUCAAAUCAUCAAGAAACCUUCUUUAUAUGGUAAGUUCGUUGUAGGAAAGGGAUGCUGUGCUACAGGCAAAUUCGAAUUGAGUUACCUUUGCAAUAAGCUCAGUCCGUUUACUUGUUCGGAUGCGAAUAAGUAUGUCUUUUGGGAUGCCUUCCACCCUACAGAGAAAACAAAUCACAUAAUUGUUAAUAGUUUUCUUGAUAAGCUUCUAGCAUAUUUUUGUUGA